AUUCACUUCAGUUCGCCAGAAUACGUUGAGUGGUCAACCCGUACGUAUAUGAUAGAACAAAUUAGAUCGAUGCUUACGAUUCGUUUCAGUGAUUGUGUCUUGUGAUGUGAAGAAAAACUAUUUUAUAUUAUCUUCAAUUUUUUUUGAAUAACAAUUGACAAUGAAAGUUUUAACUGCAGAAGACGUUGCCAGUGUUGGUAAAGAAAAUGAGGCUGCAGUUGUUAUUGAUCUAUCAAAAUUAUUAAGGGAAGAAUUAAACAGAGGCUGUCCCCUUGGAGUAUCGCGGGUGACCGAUUUGGUUUACGUUUGUGGCGCUCACGCUUUGCCCGGAGCUGUGAAAGCGUUACAGCCGGGUCUCGUGGUGAACGCGGCACCAGAACUGCCACCACCACCAGAAGAUUAUGUGCCAAGACAUUAUGUGCCAUUACUGGAUACACCGAAUUCAGAUAUGCACCCUUACAUGGAAAGUGUUGCUGAUUUAAUUAAUGAAGUAGUCUCAAGGAACGAAAUAGUACUCGUUCACUGCGUAGCAGGAGUGUCGCGAUCAGUAACACUUUGUUUAGCCUAUCUUAUUAAAUGGCAGAAGAUGACUCUACAAGAUGCCUAUCAUCAUUUGAAGCAAAGGAGGCCUCAAAUACGACCGAACACAGGCUUCUUCAAACAGCUCAUUAAAUACGAAGAAAGGCUCUUCGGCGAGGCUUCAGUGAAGAUGGUUUACUGCGAGGCGAUCGACAAAGAAAUACCUGACGUUUAUGAAUCUGAUUACAGUGGUAUGACAUGGUUCCGCCAACGGUAUGGCCCGAUAGAAAAUCGGUAAAACUCAUCAUAUGGGCAUUCUGAAUGUUUGCGCAACCACAAACAUUGAUAAAAAUUUAUUUAUAGCCUAAGCACAUGGUCGGAUUUGGUACGGCCGGAUGUGCGCCUCGCACGAAUUGGUCCGACGUCAUUCUUGAUACGGUCCGGACGGUAGAAAUAACAAUUUUGUGCGAUGGACAAUGCGACAUACCAACGAAUAUGGUCCACUACCAGACCGCGUCCGAUGUCGUGGCCGUACCAAAUCCGAUCAUGUGUAGAACUUUUAGUAAUUAUUUUGCUUGGCAGAUCUAUUUUACAUUUCUAUAAUCCAACUACAAUUAAUGAAAAUAUCUGAAUUGAAAUGAGGAAACAGCUUAGGAACAGAGUUUCAUUGUAGAUUAGAUAAAAAAAAGUCUGUGUGUACUUAUGUAUGCACGCAAGAAGUUAUACUUCUUGGGCCGAACGAAGCAAAAAGAAUUAAAAUGAUUUAUACCUCGUGCUAUUCUAGGUUUUUAGAAAAAACAAUUUGAAAGUCAUAAAAUUUGAAGAACCAACUUCAACCUGUUACUUUUGUGUUACAGUGAUGCGCGCGCAUAUUAAAAUUGCACUCUCAUCAUUUUUUCAUAACGCGCCUAAAGAAGUAUAACUUUCACUUUUUGUUAAAAUCUGAAUGGUGUCCAAAAAAAGUUACAACAAAAAAUAUAGUUGGGCAGUGGAAAUUCUUUCCUUCUCUUGCCUAUUAAUAUUCAUUAUUAUUCAUUAUUCUUAAAAAUAUUUUAAAAUUUUUAGCUACCUAGCGUCUGAAAACUGUUAUGUUCUGUUAUUAUUUGUUGAAAGGUGUAUCCCACUACAACUUACAGUCUCUCUAAUAAGAAAUUAGUAUUAGACCAUCUGACGUAUAUUAUUAAAAUAAAAGGUACACUUAGUCUAAUCACAAUCCUUGAUCCCUGUUAUGAUAACACAUAAUCACCCAACCUAUAUCAACAUAAAAUGUUUAAAUAGCGGGCUUUGUAAAAACAUAAAUACUUGAAUACAUAGAAUAACCGACGAAUCUCGACUCCGCAAAUGAAUCGCUCUUCAACUUCAGCUUUCACAGAUCACUUGAAUUGAACGAAAAGAAUGAACUGAAAUGCUCUAAGUAGUACCAAAGUUCAGAUAUCGACACUGUAGCAAGAUUCACGAAUCUACUAAAUAUUCGUGAACCUUACUGAAACAUGUCACUGUAAGAUCAUAUAGAAUUACACAUGGUUUAUGUAGUACUAGCUUUUAGAAUUAAAAUACUUUGGAUAAAAUAAUUUGAAGACAAAAUGCUAUGUAUAAAAGACUGAUUAGUACUAACUAACAGGCCUCAAAUACGAAUAGUGUUUUCAAGAUUUCCUUUCUAUCAAAGAUGUUAACUUACGGCCGUUCCCAAUAUAAUAUCUACAGAUAGAGAUAAUAUACUACCUUCUACUGUCAGUAAUCAGCUGUCAAUAAUCUGAAGCUGUCCCAAUAUACCCGGUAAGUCAUUCUUAUCGCGUUAUAUUGGAACGCGUUAAUUGCAAUUUCCAUACAAACUUCUAUCACUGGUAAGAUAUACCCAUUGAGAGACAGCGUGUACGGAUAAGGUGAGUUACUGUCGAUAAGUUUAUUGGGACAGAAAAGUAAACGAUAGUUACGAUAUUUAUCUCAAGUAGGCCACAACCGGAGAUAGACUGAAUAUUGGGAACUGCUGUAAAUAAUUUGCAAUAGUCUAUAGUCAAUAUAACUGACAUAUGCGUACGUUUAUUAAUGAAAAUAAAUGAAUAAUUGUGAAAAUAGGAGUUAAUUGUGAAAAUUAAUACAUAAGAUUAUGCUUAAGUAGUAUGUAGUAAAAUUAUUGUGAUAACGUUUAGCUGAUAAGUUAUUUUAUGAAAUGGGACCAAAUAAAUAUUUUCAUAAUUAAAUAAUUUUAAUUCUA